CACCCCCGCACCAUGGAGCGGCGCGUUGCCCGCGAGUUCCGGCACAAGGUUAAUCUACUAAUUGACAAUGAAGCGGAGAAGGAUUACCUUUAUGAUGUACUACGAAUGUACCACCAAUCUAUGAAUCUCCCAGUGCUUGUGGGGGACCUGAAACUUGUGAUUAAUGAACCAAGCAGAUUGCCUCUGUUUGAUGCUAUCCGCCCACUUAUCCCGUUAAAACACCAGGUGGAGUAUGAUCAGCUUACGCCCAAAAGAUCACGAAAGCUGAAAGAAGUGAGAUUGGAUCGUUUGCAUCCUGAAGGACUUGGGAUAAGUGUGAGAGGUGGAGUGGAAUUUAGCUGUGGCCUCUUCAUCUCCCAGUUAGUUAAAGGCGGACAGGCAGACAAUGUUGGACUUCAGGUUGGAGAUGAGAUAGUUCGCAUAAAUGGAUAUUCCAUUUCAUCAUGCACACAUGAAGAAGUCAUAAACCUUAUUCGUACAAAGAAAAUAGUUUCCAUAAAAGUAAGACAUGUUGGCAUGAUACCUGUCAAAAGUUCAGCAGAUGAACCCCUUAAAUGGCAGUAUGUGGACCAGUUUGUGUCAGAAUCUGAGGAAGGAAAGGGCAGCGUUGCUGGUCUUGCCUCAUCUGGAGGGAGAGACAAUAAAGAGAAGAAAGUCUUCAUUAGCUUGAUUGGCACAAAGGGCAUGGGAUGCAGUAUUUCCAGUGGCCCAACACAAAAACCAGGCAUUUUUAUCAGCAGUGUUAAGCCGGGUUCUCUUUCAGCAGAGGUGGGCUUAGAGGUUGGUGAUCAGAUUGUUGAGGUAAAUGGAGUGGACUUUUCUAAUGUAGAUCAUAAAGAGGCAGUCAGAGUGCUCAAAAGUAGUCGUACUUUGACUAUCACUGUGGUAGCAGGUGCUGGAAAGGAGCUGUUCAUGACUGAAGAAGAAAGGCAGAGAGAAGCACGUCUCCGUGAGCAAGAACGCCAGGAGUUAAUGCAUCAGAAGCGACUUGCGUUGGAGACUAACAAAAUCAUCAAAGAGCAGCAAGAGAAAGAGAGAUUAAGAAAACUGGAGAUUUCCCAGAAGGCUGCGGAGGAAGAGGAGAGAUAUCGCAGAGAAAUAGAGCAGAUAACAGCAGAGGAAGAGAAAUUUAAAAAGGAGUGGGAAGAAGACUGGGGUCCUAAAGAACCUCCCAAAUCUCUGAAAACUGUAACUGCAGAAGUGCACUCUGCCCCUCAUUCCAAACACAAAACUUUUGGAUGGUUUUAUCGGUAUGACGGAAAAUUUCCCACAAUCCGCAAGAAAGGGAAAGAACGAAAGAAGUCAAAAAGUGACAGCCUAUGUGAACUGAGGAAGAAUAAAAAGGAAAUGGAGUUUGAGCAAAAACUUGCCAAAGAGAAAGAAGAAAUGUUGGAGAAAGAAAAACAGCUGAAAAUAAAUCGUCUCGUGCAAGAGGUAUCUGAGACAGAACGAGAAGACCUGGAAGAAUCUGAAAAGGUGCAGCACUGGGUGGAAAGACUUUGUCAGACACGGUUAGAACAGAUUUCCUCUGUGGAGAAUGAGUCUCCUGAGUUGGCAAGUGGACGUCCUUCCGCUUCUCCUUCUGUCACAUCAAUGCGGCGUUUCGCUGGUGGUCUGCAGCUUCAUACCACAGAUCUUGAUGAUAUAAACUUAGAUGAAGUUGACAAGCCUAAACGUGUGGCACCACCGCCACCACCCCCCCCCACUGUUACUCCAGCAUCAUCAGUCCAUCCUCUUCCUACAUCAACUGUUCCACCUACAAGAGGUCCGGCCCUGGCAGUAACACCAGCUUCCCAGGUUGUAAGAAACACCUCCCACGUCGGCAAAGUAUCUUCUGUGUCAAGCAAUCCGCUGCAACUUGCUCCAAGUCCACCUACCCAGCGACAUCCAGGGGUACCAAUAGUCUCUAAACCAGUCAUGCUGCAUCCUGACCCAAACUUUACGGUCAGGCCAACAAUCAAAUCAGAGGCCCUGGGCUUCCAGAAGUAUGUGGAAGAUUUUGAUCCAUAUUCAAUGUUUACCCCAGAGCAGAUUGUGGGAAAAGAUGUACGGCUAUUACGAAUUAAAAAGGAAGGAUCACUAGACCUUGCAGUGGAGGGAGGAAUUGAUUCUCCAGUUGGGAAGAUAGUUGUGUCUGCCAUAUAUGAAGGUGGUGCUGCAGACAGACAUGGAGGCAUAGUGAAAGGGGAUGAAAUACUAGCUGUAAAUGGCAAGAUAUUAAUUGACAGCAAGCUGGCAGAAGCACAGGCAACUCUAGCAAAAGCUUGGAACAUGGGUGGGGAUUGGAUUGACUUAGUCAUUGCAGCAUCACCUCCAAAGGAAUAUGAUGAUGAAAUCCCUACUAUUCCCUCAUCAACAGUCAGUCCCAACACACACAGAAAGGUUUUUGAAGGCAGUGCACCCGUGUACAGACAAGGGUAUCUUCUGCAGCUGUAGCCACUGCAGUGUUCCCUCAUGGACAUUUUUUUAAAGAAAGCUACACUGAAGAAAUUAAGUCUUUGCUCUGUGGAAACCGACUGCUCUUUAAAUUAGUAGAAAAUCAAUAAUGACAUGAAACACGUCUUUAUUUGGAAGAAAUGUGAGCAAUCAGACCUGUAAAUUAGACUAAAGGCUUCAGAUUCUUCAGGUACUUCGAGUAAUUUGAAAUCAUCCUAUAGACAUACAUCAAGACAUAUUUGCGAAGGACUGCCAGAGAGCAUAGUUUGGUCUGUGAGAACUCAAUCUACUUUUUUUUUUUCUAUUUUGGGAGGCUAAAUUCUGAAAAUUAUCUUCCCAUUUUCCUGGAAAUAGACGCCAAAAUGACAAAUGAAGAUAGAACACAGAUGUCUGUUCCCACACGCCACACUUGUAAUUACAUGAACAGAGGCCAGUUGGGGUGUGAAAAGGAUUAUAUUUUUACUCUGUACAUAGUGAUUUUCUGUGGGGAAACAGGAACGUAUAUAGGUAAUUUCUAUUCUCACUCAUAUUCUUGUAGCUCUCAACAUCCAUUUUUGUUGCUCAGUUGUGAGUUGUUUUGCGUGUAAAAAUACUGCCAGUGGAAUAACCAGUAAUACCAGGAGUGCUAGAAUUAUAAUGAAUAAUUUGGUGAUGCAUAUACUGUAAGAAGAAUCUUUUCUACCAGCAUAUUAAAUAGCUAUCAAGUAGUCCAGAUAAAAUCAUUAUGUGUAGUCACAGUUAUACUGCUGAGUGUAUUUAUUGAUGGUAAAAAUUACUUCCUCUUACAGUCAACAGGUGGAAAAUUUGUGUGAUUCACGGUCUUCACUUUGUUCUCUGUGAGACCAUAUACGUGACUAAACUGUGCGGGAAGUCACUAAGCAUAACAUUUCAGUUAUUUCAGAUUACAGUUGUAGACUUAGACAUUUCUUUACAUUAUCAAGAUAUCUCCUUGAAAGUGUCAUUGUCUUCUUUCCUUCCUUGUAUCUGCCAGUUUGUAUUCUGUUUUUCAUAUUGUGUUUAGAUUUUUUCUUACCUGGACUAACGAGAGCCAUUUUUUAAGUUUUUUGCAUAUCAUUUUCCUGCUGAAGUCUUACCUUUUCAAGGUUUGGUAACCCUCCCUUCUGUAACACAGAAAAAUAACAAUUACAUUCCUGAGAACUCUGUACUUACACAGAGAUGAUUAAUUACUUUGACUUUCUUCAUUUGCAGUAUUGUUCUAGUAUGCCAAUUAAUGUGUCUGGCAGAGUACAAAUGUUAGAAUGUUUAAAAUUUUAAUUCUUACAACUAAUCCAGAAAUAAAAUUGCAUUU